AUGGAAACCCCAAGAGAAGGAGAAGGUCCUGAUGGCCGAAAUAUUGAGCCGCCGGUGAACAAUCCUUUAUGGCUGGAUCUUCAUCAUCAAACACCUCCAAAGAAUAUCAGUGUCAUGGAAUCCACCUCCUCAUCAUUAUCAGAUGUAGAGGCAUCAACCGUCGACACUGAUAUCUUCGAAAUGUUGUCAAACGCUGAGCUUUAUCCAGCCGCCACCUUGUCGCCGCUGUCGACGGACCAAGCAAUAUCCAAUAUUCUUGAAAGCAGCAGCAGCCAUGGUUAUGAAGAACUGCGUUGUUUAUUGGAGGAGAUGGAGGAAUCCAACGAGCAUAAGAAGAAGAAGAAGAAGAAGCCUAGCCCUGAAGUCCCACAAAUUACUCCAAGUGUUGAUGCUGAGAAACGUAAAAGGGACUCGGAUUGCUAUACAAGUAGACAAGAUGUUAGGCCAAGAGGAUGUAGAUCCAACGAAAACCAUAACAUGGCCGAGAGGACACGCAGAGACCAAAUCAGGAGAAACAUGAAAGAUCUUCAAGAUUUGAUUCCAAACUGCAAUACGGUAUUAUCUUCGGGAGGAUUUUCUAUGUUCCAGGAUCCAACCAUAUUACCUUCAGCAGGCUAUCAGAUUGUUCAGACGCCGCAAUUCCCUCCAUUUACGCCGAUGGAUCGGUUCGGGAUCAGAACUGGUAUGGGAAUGUUUAACUUCCCUCCUAUAUCCUCUGUUCCAUUCAUGCCAUUUGCAUUUCCAGUUCCUGGUCAGUUAACUCCGCUGCCAUCAGCCCCUGGAAUGAACCUGAGUUUUGGACAAAUGAAUCACCUGGAAUUGCCCCCAGAUUCCGCUUUGAUGGCUCCAUCACUACCAUCUUUUUAUCCAAACUUGCCUCCUACAAUUGCGUCUUCCUUUGAUGGAGGUUGGAGUACUAGUUCACAAACUGUGCGGAAAUCUUUAAAUCUCUCCUCCCAACCGCCUUAG